AUGUUAGGGCUAAAGGAGCUCCGUCUGGAUGACGAACGCUUCCAGCGCUAUUUGAGGUUGACUCCGGCCCAAUUUGAUGACCUGCUAGAUAGGAUCGGUGCUAGGAUCUCUCGGUUGGACACCAACUACAGGCGCUCCAUCUCAGCUUCGGAGCGCCUGUCCAUCUGUCUCCGAUACCUAGCCACUGGGGACUCCUACAGGACCAUCGCAAAUAGUUUCCGUGUUGGAAUCUCCACUGUCUCCAGCAUUGUCCCUGAUGUUGCCACUGCAAUCUGGGACUCUCUGGUGGAGGAGUUCAUGGCUGUGCCCAGCCAACAAGAUGAGUGGAGGUCCAUUGCAGGGAGGUUUGAGGAGCGGUGGAAUUUUCCUCUUUGCUGUGGAGCAUUGGAUGGGAAGCAUGUGGUCAUUAAAGCCCCUGUUCAAUCAGGAUCCCAGUUCUACAACUACAAGGGAACUUUCUCUCUUGUUCUCUUGGCGGUUGUAGACGCGGAAUAUUGUUUCCGGGUGAUUGAUGUCGGGGGCUACGGAAGAACCAGCGAUGGUGGGAUUCUGGCCAACUCUGCUUUUGGUGCAGCUCUUCAGUCUGGCACCCUCCAACUGCCUGCCGACCUGCCACUACCAGGAGCUGACCACCGAGGACCACAGCCGCAUGUCUUUGUGGCUGAUGAGGCCUUUCCACUUCGGAAAAACCUCAUGAGGCCAUUCCCUGGUCGCAAACUGUGGAGGGUCUACAGGCGUGCCUUCGAGGUCAACGUUGAAGUUGCGGAGAAGUGUGUGAAGGCUACCUGUGUUCUCCACAACUUCAUGCGGAGGACCACCCCCCCAAGUGCAUUGAGGGGGAACAUCCCAGUUGGUGAGGUGGACCCACGAGGUCUACGAAGAGUUGCUGCCAACAACUCAGCGAGGGAAGCCAUCAGGAUUCGGGAGGCCUUCAAGUCCUACUUCUCUGCUGAGGGAACCGUCCCAUGGCAAGACAACGUGUAG